CGCUUCCCACAAUGCAUCCGGGCACCAGCGGGAAACCAAAAUGGCGAACGUGCUGGGGGGAAAUGAGCCGUUUGUUAUCUUCUAACGAAGCUCCAGCCUCGCAAGUUUUCGUGAUAUACUUUUGAAAUAAAGCCCAACUACAAGAGAAACGGGAUAUCAUCGUCCUGUGCUAUUUAGUUAUUUUGUCGUGCGAGUCAAUAUAGAAGCUGAGGGGACCGAAUGAGAGCCUCGGGGGAUGUAGAUCACCUGUCUGUCCAUCAGAGGGCUCUCCCCCAGCGGCAGCAGCAGGCUCUGUCCUUGUCCCCAACAAGCCUGUCUGCAAGGGGCGAGAAUGGAGAGGACAGCAUGUCUGACAGGUUUACAGAAGGACAGGACGUCUUGGCCCGGUGGUCAGAUGGCUUGUUCUACUUGGGGACAAUCACCAAGAUAAAUCGUGAAAAGCAGCAAUGCUUUGUGGUUUUUGAGGAUCGAUCAAAAUCUUGGGUUCUGUGGAAGGACAUCCAGACAGGGGAUGAAGAUGAUGAAGAGGAUAAUGAAGAGGAUGACGACAUUGUGUGCUCCAUAUGCCAAGAUGAAACAUCCGAUGAACCCAAUGAAAUAGUCAUUUGUGACAAGUGUGGAAAAGGCUACCAUCAGCUUUGCCACUCCCCCAACAUCGAUGCCUCUGUCAUUGACUCGGAUGACAAGUGGCUCUGCUCAGAUUGUGAGCUCACUUGUAGACCGAAGAGGGAGGCUGCAAACAUGAGGACAGCGUCUGCUCAGGGCUUUGUGGAGCAGGAGCUGCAGGAGAAGCACAUGGGACUACACCUCUCACUCCCAUACGCUCUGGACGAGCUGGUUUGGGACCAAGCCCACGAGACUAACAUCCAGCAGUGCUACUGCUACUGUGGAGGUCCAGGAGAUUGGUACCUGAAGAUGCUGCAGUGUAACGGGUGUCUGCAGUGGUUCCAUGAGGCGUGUCUCCAUUGCCUACAGAUACCCAUGUUCUACGGAGACAGGUUUUAUCUGUUUAUUUGUUCCGUUUGCAAUGGUGGACCAGAGUACCUCAGCCGACUGCCUCUCACAUGGGAAAAUGUCACACACCUGAGUCUGUACAACUUGAGUGUGAUCCACAAGAAGAUGUACUUUGAUUCAGAGAUCCUUCUGAUGUCUUACAUCAAUGAUAACUGGGAGCUGCUGCAGCUUGGGGAGCUCGCUAACACUCCCAGAUCCCAGCGUUAUGGAAGGGUUCUGGAGGCACUGAACAACAACAAUAGCAUAUUCAAGUCAGGGAAAGAGGUUAAGAAAAAGAAACACUUGUUCAGCCUGAGGAUUCGUUUCCCUCCUGCUCCUCCAAACUCUCGUGAGCCAUCCGGUAGAGGGUUGGACAGGGCUUCACAUGAGAUCAACAUCAAGGGAUGCAAGUCCACCAAGACCCCACCUGGCAUGAGGUCUUUAACCAAUGGCACAGAGAGGAAGAAAAAGAGGAAGCAGGGAGCACGUUCUCUGGAGAGUCUGGCUAGACCACAAUGCAGCGAACGCUUAUCCCAGAAUCUAAGGAGGCCUCUGCCACUAGAGCCCAACACAUUGGAUCACUUAACCGCCGUCAAGAAGGAGCGGCAUCUGCUGUCAACUUCAGAUGUGGAAUCUAUAGGAGCCCUGAGCACUACAGAAACUACCUCAACUAGCAUUUCAAGACCGUCCAGUAGCUGCAGCUCCAGCAAGACGCGAACGACAGCCUCCAUCAUGCCUGUUUCCGCUCCACCCUUGAAGAGGAAACGUGGGCGCCCACGACGGGCCCCGCAGCCCCCCCGCCCAGAGAUCCUCCCUCCCAGCCAUGCAGACCCAAACCCCUCGCUUACGGAGAUGAGACCCCUGCCAAGACUUCACUCCACAGAUAUAGUUCACGGCAUGGACCCCAACACCCAACUCUCCCACCUCAAGAGCUCCAUCAGCAGCUAUUUUGGAGCAGCCGGGCGACUGGCUUGCGGGGAGAAGUACAAAGUCCUGGCACGACGGGUCACUCUCGACGGCAAGGUGCAGUACCUGGUGGAGUGGGAGGGAGUCACUGCCUCCUAAGUUUGUCAUUGUCACUUCUAACCUUUUAACCAGCACUCGCAAGAGGUUUCUGGCUCUGCUAAGGACAUGUGUUCACAGCCUGAAUUCAGAGCAUUAAUUGUUGUGCGCUUUUUUGUCGAGUUUUGAACAAGAGCAACAUUUUCAUGCUUAUGCUUUACUGCAAAGCCUACUGGUUCAGUGCACAUUUAAACAUGUAUUUCCAUCAUAUGUUAUAAAGAUUUCAAUUCUUUGAUCAAGACAAGGCAUUGUCAUAAUACCACACCGUAUUUGUGCUAUUCUGCUUUUUACUUUCAUUAUUUUCUUUGAAUGUUUACAGCAAAACCAAACACUGCAUCUGUAGGCUCGCAGUGAACCAUUAUGUACUUAAUUUUCAUCCAGUGAUAUGCUUUUCAUUUCUAGACCGGUUAAGUAUAAAACUGUAUUUUAUUCUUUUUGACUGAAUGUGGUUGGUCGCACAUUAAAUGUUCAAUCUUGGCAGAUGAGAGAGGGACACAAAAAAUUGAUUUAACUACUGCAAUGGCCAUUUAUUUUCUUACUAAUUUAGUAGGACAAUAAAUAUAUACUAUAUAUGUCUAUUUACAACCGUGUCCCUAUCUCUAGUCGCAGCUACGAGUAAAUUUUCUUUGGCUGAGAUCCUUCUGUUGAACUCAAAAAAGAGGUGCUGCGGCAGGUCUUUUGUUUUACAUAAAAUGAUACUACAUUAUAUUUCCCCAUUAGUCCCUUUGUGUAUGUUUAAGCAUUUGUGUUUAAUAUCUGUUCUGCAUAUCAAAUUUUAUUUUUUUUGUUUGAAAUUCUUAGACUACAUAGCAGCAUUUUGAUGGUAAAGCUCUUUAAACCUCUUUGCUUUGGUCAUAGCGCUCGGUUGACAUUUAAAUGUGGAAUUCUGAUAAAUAACCUUCUCCAAAUGUACAACUCUCUAGAAACUGAAAACAUGAGGACCGAUCAGACAUUUUCAUAGCAAAGAUAUAUAUUUUUCAAAAUAUGUCAACUUUCUUAGUCAAAAUUAUUUAACCUUUUUAAAAAAAUAAGUUAUUUGAAAUCAAUUAAAAAUGACAUAUCUUUAAGGACCUUUUUUCCCCUUUACUAUGCGCUGCAAAAGGUUAUUUACCCAGGUUUUAUACUAAAAAGUUCAGGUGUUUUUGUUUGUGCUUCCUAUGCAUGUUAGUCCUUGAUAACCCUGUUCAGUCAUAAUUGAACAUACGACUUGAUAAAGGGGAGCUUGAGAAUUUUUAUUUGACUUUUGAAUCUUUCCUUUUACGGUCAUGUAUGUUGUAGUGUAUUCACUCAGGAUAUGUUAAAAAAAACCUCACUGUAUUUCACAAGCUUGCAUUUACAGCUUUUGCGAUUUGAGAUUUAGAAAUAAGUUAUUCACUCAUUGUUGGUCAGUAUUUUCAUAUUGGGUGCUCAAUUUGACUUUGGAACGUAUGUAAGCUUUUUUUACUAUGAGCAAAAUAACUAGUUAUUCUGCCACACUCGCUGGUUGAAUCUGUCUGAAAUACCAGUCACUGGAAAACUUAAAUGCUGUAUUUCAUUGCAUGAGGUAAAUCAUUCAGUUCAGCGGUUUCUUUUUUACAGAUGUUUUCUAUUUUUUUGUUGGAACUGACAGAGCUUUUUGACAUUGAUACCUCUUCAUUGUACAGAUGUAGUUGGUGUCUCAGCCCACCUGCUGUUACCACUGGCUCACCAGGCCAAAGAACACACAUGUAACGACUGCUUUGGCCCUUGAGAUUCAUAGAAUACAGUUUUAUACAUCAUGACGUAGGUUGACGUGUUUUGCUCCUGAGCCUGUUUAGUUAGAGGAUGAAUAAAAGUCGAUAUUUUGAA